GGAGCCUCACUCCUUAACCAUAAGUACUUCCAACGUUGUGACCGGUGCUCUGCGUGUUAAAAAUAAACGAGUGGAUAUACAACUGUUCGACCAACAUCCAGAGAACCUCUUAUUUUUUCCAAGACUAAAACAAAAAAAGUUUUCAAUAAUAUGGGAGAAAAAAAUAUUUUUCUUUUGACUGUUUGGAUAAUUUUGGGAAACAUCUUUGCAACGGUUUCUUCUGUCCCUGAGGCCACUACUGUGUUUGUAAACACCACGGUCUCUGCUCCCCUGCCCACCACUGCUGAAUGGAUCACAGACUUCACUGACAUCGUGUCCAAGUUCUCCCUGCGCACAGUGGACAUCCCCGAUGAUGACAUGUGUUACAUCGUGGCCGGCAGGCCAGAAACCAUCCAAGAGUGUAAUUUCAACGCAGAAACGCAGACCUUCGUUGUGAUACAUGGCUGGACGGUAACUGGGAUGUUUGAGAGCUGGGUUCCCAAGCUUGUGUCUGCGUUGUAUGAGCGUGAACCCACGGCCAAUGUGAUUGUAGUGGACUGGCUGACCCGCGCCAACCAGCACUACCCGACCUCUGCAGCCUACACCAAACUAGUGGGCCGUGACGUCGCCAAGUUUAUUACCUGGUUACAAAAAGAGCUGCAGUUGCCAUGGGAGAGGAUCCAUCUGCUGGGUUACAGUCUGGGAGCACAUGUGGCUGGAAUCGCUGGAGGCCUCACUGACCAUAAAAUCAGCAGGAUCACAGGUCUGGAUCCGGCUGGCCCCACCUUCGAGCAUGCAGAUGACCAGAACACUCUGUCCCGAGAUGAUGCCCAGUUUGUGGACGUCUUGCACACCAACACCAGGGGCUCCCCGGACCGCAGCAUCGGCAUCCAGAGGCCUGUGGGCCACAUCGACAUUUACCCCAAUGGAGGCACCUUCCAGCCGGGCUGUGACAUCCAGAAUACCUUGAUGGGGAUUGCUUUGGAAGGAAUCAAGGGCCUCCAAAAUAUGGACCAGCUCAUCAAAUGUUCCCAUGAACGCUCCAUCCACCUGUUCAUCGACUCUCUGCUGAACACCCAGCAGCAGAGCAUGGCAUACCGCUGCAACUCCAAAGAGGCCUUCAACAAGGGACUGUGCCUCAACUGCAGGAAGAAUCGCUGCAACAAGCUUGGUUACAACAUCAACAAGGUCCGCACGACCCGCAGCACCAAGAUGUACCUCAAGACUCGUGAAAUGAUGCCAUACAAAGUUUUCCAUUACCAAGUGAAGGUGCAUUUCUUCAGUAAGGACCGGCUGAGCUUCACAGAGCAGCCAAUGAAGAUUUCUCUGCAUGGAACCCACGGAGAGAAGGAGGACAUCUCCUUUGUCCUGCCGGUCUUGAAUGGUAACUCUACUUUAUCCUUCCUCAUCACCACCGACGUUGACAUUGGAGAACUGAUGAUGGUGAAGAUACGCUGGGAGAAGGACGCAAUCAUCAGCUGGUCAGACUGGUGGGGCAGCAGCAAGUUCCACAUCCGGAAAAUGCGCAUCAAGUCUGGGGAGACCCAGUCCAAGGCGAUCUUCAGUUCGAAAGACGGAGAAUUUGCCUACCUUGUUAGGGGAGGAGAGAAUGCAGUCUUUGUCAAGUCAAAAGAAGACAACAUGAGCCGUAAAGAGAAACUAAUGCACAAGCUGAAGAUGCAGGGCAGUCUCUUCUCACAGAACGACGCUUGAAGUUGCACUUGGCAACACACACCCACAUCAUGCACAUUAUCCAUCUCUACAUACAUAGCCAAAGAUGGACACAGCACACAGCAACACUGGGAAAGCCUGUGCAAGUAACUGGACAUAUAUAUAAUGACUGCUGCGUUUUUUUUUCUUCUGAUUUUUCCUGUUUUUCCCAGUACAACCAACACAACCUCAUCCACAGUGCUGGAAAUCAGUCUGUUCACAAGCUCUGUCCUGUCUCUGAAAGCUUCCUCUGCUGCUGAAAAAUGUCACAGGCUUCUUUGUGAUGAUGUACUCACAGUUUUACUAAUUCACACUUUCAGUAACUUUUGCUGUGUAUCUUUGUAAUCAUUUGUUUAUGCUUUUGUAGCCUAUAUGUACUGUUUAUACUGAUUUUAAUGUAAUUUGAAACCCCGAGCUGUUGUGUUUUCUUUUCUUAUGUGAACUGAGAUUAUUGUUAGUGUAAAAGUGAUUCAGUGGCAGGCAUAAUUUAGGCACAUAGUUUCCUUUUUUCUUUUUGUUUUUUUAAACAUGCAAAAUGAUCACUUUGUCCCUAAUGUUUGUCUUUGCCUAACCACUAAUUGCCAACAAUCAACAGGGGACCAAAGAAAUAUUAACUAUCUACUGAAUGGAGAAUCACAGUGGUCAUUGUAAAUACCCUUUUUUAAUCAGUAUAUAUAUAUAUUUUUUGAAUAUGGGUUAUGUGUUCAUAUCUGAUCUCUUGAAGCCUUGCUUGUUCUUUGAUCACCUUUUGGUUAUUGUGUCACUGGUCACUUUAAAAGGCUCUGUGUCCCCUGCAGCAAUUUUAGAUGCAAAGGUCAUUGAGAGUUCAGUCCAGCAGGGACAUGCAUUCUUUAGUUUUGGUCAUUUUUUCAUCAAAAUAAACCAAGGUCACUUUUAAUGAUCCAGUAAUGGCUAAAUGCACCCGAGAACUUCAUGAAUGGGUCAAUAGUCAUACCUCAUUGACUAAGCUCGGUCUAUAACAGGCCCUUAUUUUGAAAGGUCAAACAUAACAAAAUUGCUUAUAAAAUCAAAUUCAAGCCUUUUAAAUUUGUGAUGGACUGGCCCACAUGAUAGCCAUAAUACAUCUCAAGAAUACUUCAUAUUGUAUUUAUUGAAUGUACAUUUAUAUAUUUGUAUAUUAAGCUGUAAUAUAUUUUGGCAGGCUUCCAUUGUCAUCUGUAUUUUUUAUAAAUGAAGCGUUUUGUGAUUUUAUGCAAAAGGCUUUGGAAUGAUCAAUCAAAUUGGUCUCCAUGCCAGCUGUUGAGUGCAUUUACUUUUUUUUUGAACUGAAAUGCAGUGCACUGUAUAAAGAAAGAGCCCUUGGUUUAAUAAAGAGAUAAACCACA